AUGUUGAAUAUGGGAAAACUUCAUGGGGACAAAGGUGGUCUUGGAUUUAAUCACUUUGGUUCUAGUUUGUCUAGUUCUACCACUAAGUUUGUCAAAUCAGAAAAUCCAGUCACGAUUCCUCUUGAUGUUCAGCAGGUUGUCAAGAAACCUAAGUUUGUUCCAACUUGUCACAGGUGUGGGUUGACUGGUCAUAUUCGACCAGUCUGUCAUAUGUAUAGCAAAGAUAAGACCAGAAAAUUGUCUCCAAAAUCUAAAAGAAAUUCCAGAUCUUUGCAAGAUCAAGUUGAUCAUUUGCUGAAUGAGGUCACUAAGAUAGCCAAACUUGUCUCCCUCAAAAUGAGUUCUCCUAUUGUGCCUAAGUCUACUUGGAUUGCAAGAGGUCAUACCAAAUCUCUUGUUGUGCUAAAUGCUUUUGCUGCUUCAAAUAUCAACUCUUGCCCCUUUGAUGGAGGCACUGUGACUUUUGGUGGAGGUCAUAGAUCUCAAGUUGUUGGAAAAGGUACUGUUUGUAUCCCUGGUCUGCCCGAGCUUAAGAAUGUUAGAUUUGUUGAGGGUCUCACAUCCAAUCUCAUUAGUGUGAGUCAGCUGUGUGAUGAUGGAAUAGUAGAAGUCAGAUUCUCCAAGCAUGGCUGCAAAAUCAUUGGAAAAGGUGGAAAUGAGAUUGUGAGCGUGGCAAGGUCUAGGGACAAUUGUUUCUGCAUUGAUGGUGUCAACGAUGCAAAAGAAAUAGUUUGCAACAAGGUUGUAAAUGAAACAAGUAUUUUGUGGCAUCAAAGGCUUGGACAUGUUAAUUUUAGAGACUUGCAUAAGUUGUCCAAGAGAGAGCUAGUAAGUGGCUUACCAAAGCUGGAAAAAUCUGAUGAGCAUGUUUGUGAAGGAUGUCAAUUAGGCAAACAGUCAGAGUGUCACACAAAAAGGUUUACUUGGGUCUCAUUUCUACGUGAGAAAUCUGAAACUUUUCAAAGGUUUAAGUCUGUUUGUCAUCUUUUGCAAAAAGAGAAGAUGACUAGUCAUCUGCCUCUUGUUAGAAUUAGAACAGACCAUGGCUCUGAAUUUGAGAAUUCUCAGUUUCUGAAAUUUUGCGAAGAGAUGGGAAUUAAACAUGAGUUCUCUGCACCUAUUACACCUCAGCAAAAUGGUGUUGUGGAGAGAAAGAAUAGAGUGCUUGUAGAGAUGGCAAGGGUGAUGCUAAAUAGCAAAAAUCUUGCUAAACACUUUUGGGCUGAAGCUGUCAAUACAGCUUGUUACAUCUCAAACAGGGUAUUUGUGAGGUCUGGUACCAAACAAACUCCCUAUGAGAUUUGGAAAGGAAAGAAGCCUAAUGUGUCAUAUUUUAAGGUCUUUGGUAGCACAUGCUAUAUUUUGAGAGAUAGGGAGCAUCUUGCUAAGUUUGAUUCUAAGUGUGAUAAGGGAAUCUUUCUAGGAUAUUCCACUUCUAGCCGAGCCUAUAGAGUGUACAAUUGUAGGUCCAGAACCAUCAUUGAAUCCAUAAAUGUCACUAUUGAUGAUUUUGCUGCCUCUAUAGAGAUGGCAUUAGAUGAGGAUGGUCUUUUUCCUCCUCCUCCACUUGUGCAAGAAUCUCCAGGUCUGGAUCUUGUGGUUGACCUGUCAACUUUUGAAAAUUCUGUCCCGGUUGACCUGUCAACCCCUUCAACUUCUAGUUCCAUCUCCUCUGUCCAGGCUGACAGCUCUCAUACUGAUCAUAGUUCUCUCACUCCAUCUGCGAGUGUCAUUAUUGGCCCUCUUAAUCAAGGAGUGAGAACUAGGAAACAACUUGCUCAAGAAAUUAGCCAUGUGUGUUAUGUUUCCAAGGAAGAGCCUAGAAAUGUGAAAGAAGCCUUGCACCAUGGUGAAUGGUUUCUUGCAAUGCAGGAAGAAUUAAAUCAAUUUGUGAGAAAUGAUGUUUGGUACCUUGUUCCAAGACCAGUCCACACUAAUGUCAUAGGCACUAAGUGGAUUUUCAAGAAUAAAACCGAUGAACAAGGAAAUGUGGUGAGAAAUAAGGCUAGAUUGGUUGCUCAAGGAUACACUCAAAUGGAAGGCAUUGACUUUGAUGAAACUUUUGCCCCUGUUGCACGAUUAGAAUCAGUUAGAUUGCUUCUUGCCAUUGUUUGUCAUUUGAAAUUUAAACUUUAUCAAAUGGAUGUCAAAACUGCCUUUUUAAAUGGUGUCCUAAAUGAAGAGGUCUAUGUUGAGCAGCCAAAGGGUUUUGAAGAUCCACAUCAUCCAAAUGAUGUGUUUCGUUUAAAAAAGGCUCUCUAUGGUUUAAAACAAGCUCCUAGAGCAUGGUAUGAGAGGUUAUCCUCUCAUCUUCUAGGAAAUGGGUAUGUUCGAGGGUCCGUUGAUAAAACAUUGUUUGUGAAAAGGUUUAAAAAGGAUGUCUUGAUUGCUCAAGUGUAUGUUGAUGAUAUUGUGGUUGGUUCUACAUCUGAUUUGCAUGUUCAAGAUUUUAUUCAUGUCAUGACUAGUGAAUUUGAAAUGAGUCUUGUCGGUGAGCUUAAUUAUUUCUUAGGUCUCCAAAUUAAACAGAGCCAUGAUGGGAUCUUUGUAUCCCAAUCUAAAUAUGCAAAAAAUCUUGUGACAAAAUUUGGUUUGGAAGGAGCCAAAUCUGCAAGAACUCCAAUGAGCACUAGUGCUAAGAUUCAUAGAGACUUGCAUGGCAAAAGUGUGGAUCAAACUCUCUAUAGAAGCAUGAUAGGAAGUCUUCUCUACUUGACUGCUAGUAGACCUGACAUUUCUUUUAGUGUUGGUGUAUGUGCUCGGUUUCAAAGUGACCCAAAAGAGUCUCACUUGUUUGCUGUUAAGAGAAUUAUAAAAUAUGUGAGUGGGACUAGUGAAUUUGGGUUGUGGUAUACCUAUGACACUUGUGUCAAUCUUGUUGGGUAUAGUGAUGCCGAUUGGGCAGGUUGUAGUGAUGAUAGGAAAAGCACUUCCGGGGGGGUUUUCUAUGUAGGCAACAAUCUUGUUGCUUGGCAUAGCAAAAAACAGAAUUCUGUCUCCUUAUCCACUGCUGAAGCAGAGUAUGUUGCCGCUGGGAGUUGUUGUACUCAACUCCUUUGGAUGCGACAAAUGUUGGAAGACUAUGGUCUUGCUCAAUCAUGUUUUCUAAUCUAUUGUGACAACAUGAGUGCCAUAGAUAUUUCAAAAAAUCCUGUUCAACACUCUAGGACUAAGCAUAUCGACAUUCGGCACCAUUUUAUUAGAGACCUUGUGGAAGACAAAAUUUUAACUUUGGAAUUUGUUCCCUCUGAAAAACAGCUAGCAGAUAUACUCACCAAGGCCUUGGAUUUUCAGAAACAUGGUACACUAAGGCAAUCCAUUGGCCUUUGUUCCAUUGAUUGA